AUGGAGGAGUUGAGCCCCAGACAACUGGCUGUUAAGCAGCUAAAGCAAAAGUUCCUGGAGGCCCUGCAGGCCAACGAUGCCCAGGAGGUCCUGCGGAUUCUGCACACCAGCAAACUAGACAUUGACACGGUGCUCGAGGUGGAGGACCCGAGCAUGGUCCUGGCCUCAUACAAACAAGGUUAUUGGCUACCAGGCUACAAACUGGAGAAAUCCUGGGCGAUGGGUGUUCAUGUGUGUGUGAUGUACAACGCUAUAGAAACAGCAUUGGUGCUCCUUCAGGAAGGUGCGGCCAUCAACCGGAUGCCCAAUGGGAAGACCCCACUACAUGUGGCCUGCGAGGUCUCCAAUGGCGACUGUGUGGCCAUGCUUUUGGCUCAUGGGGCAAAGAUCAACAGCCUGUCGCUGAGCGGGCACACACCACUGCACUACUGUAUCACCAAGGAGUCAGUGAACUGUGCCAAGCAGCUCAUCUUAAAAGGUGCAAAAGUCAACAUGCCCAGCCAGAACAAUGAGGAGGACUCACCGUUACACACAGCAGCCAGAUUCGGCGUUCCAGAGCUGGUGGCUCUAUAUUUGGCUCAUGGAGCAUCUGUGGAUGCAGUGAACUCUCUUCAGGAGACACCUCUGAUGACUGCUGCCUUCUGGGCUUUUGACACUAAAGAGCAAAUCUACAACGAAGAUCACCAUGUUGUCUGUCGUCUCCUGCUGGAUCACCACUCAGAUCCCAACCUCCAAGAAGAGGACCAUAAAACAGCUCUUCACAAAGCAGCCUGGAACUGUGAUCACGUCCUAAUGCAGAUGCUGCUGGAGGCCGGAGCAGAUACGAGAGCCAUGGACAUCAAUGGCUGUGCCCCCAUUCAGUAUCUCCUCAAAGUGACUGAUGUGAGGCCUAUGGCCAUACCUGAGCUCUGCUAUCAGCUGCUGCUCAACCAUAACGCAGCGCGGGUCUACCCACCACAGUUCCACAAGGUGCUGCAGUCUUGCCACGACUAUCCCAGAGUAAUAGAAAUCAUGGUCAACUCUUAUGAACGUAUAAAGCCCACAAAGAAGUGGAGGGAUGCCAUUCCUGAUGACUGCUACAAGCGACAUAAAGACUUCUACGAUUCAGUGUUUGCUGUUUGCACCAACACUCCUCGCAGCCUCCUUCACCUGACCAGAUGUGCCAUCAGAGCCAGUCUGGGUGGCUUCUGCCACAGCGGUGUAGCACAGCUGCCUCUGCCAUCUCCCAUGAAGAAAUAUUUAUUACUGGAGCCUGAGGGGAUACUGUACUGA